GUGUUGAUAGAGGACCGUCGGAAUUUAUAGUUUAUCAAGUAGUAAUCUGUACGUCCACACUUGAAUUGACAUCAUCUAAAUUAACAUCAACAAAUUUGUAUGUUUGAGACAAUCUUCACGGAAGAAACUUUCAUUACAAUUUAGAUUUAUAAUUACAAACAGGUAAAGUUUGCGGCAAACAACGGACAACGAUGGAAAUCAAUCAAAAUAAAAAUGAACUUCACUUGUAUCCCAUAAAUAACAAUAAAUACAUGGGUGCGAUAGAUGUGAAGGGUGCAACUGUAUCGAAUUCCAUACAAACAGUAGUUAUACUCGAUUCAUCUGGAUCAAUGGGAAACGUAACAGCACGAUUUGUGAAAGAAAUUCUGCCAUUGGUCAUGUCGAAACUGAAUUGGAACAAAGGGAUCGAUUUGAUUAAUUUUUCGUCGAAAGCUAACUGGAAAUAUCUAACGCUCAGCGAAUUAAAGACGUCAGAUAUACAGAGUGGAGGUAGAACUUGUAUCGGACCAGCAAUUCGGAUGUUUCGUUUAUGUUUGGAGUCAAUACAACAAAAUUAUCCCGGCCAACCGAUUCGCGUCUUAACUGUAUGCGAUGGUUCGAUCAGCGACCCUGAAAGGGCAGAGGAGGAAAUGAAGAAAGUGGUUGACUUUUUGGCUACAACAGAAAUGAUGAUCAACUCGCAAGCAUUAAGACUGUUUACAUCAAAAGAACAGCCUGAUACCAGAGCACUGUCCUAUUUGUUACAAAUUAACAACACCGUUGCGACGAAUCUUUGUGAUAUAGCAGCGACAUCCUCUAAUGAAACAAUAUCAAGUGCAAUUGCGACUCUUUUCCAAUCAGAUUGUUUCGCAAACUACCAGACACUCCAAUUGGAAAAACCAAUUAUUUUAAAAUAUCCUUGGUAUGCGGACGGAAAGAUGCGAAUUACGCUUUCGCCCGGAUGGAAUAUCUUUUGGUUGAAAGUAGUACCAACUGGUACGGUUAAGUUGGGAAACGUCCAUGUCAAAGUAAUCGUAGAAAGUCAAUUAUCUCUUUCUAAAUUUCACCAAUUAAUUGAAACAAAAUUGGCUCACAUUAUUGAUCACGUCGCAAUUUUGAAAGUAGUCGGUACAGCUGAGGCGAAUAAAGCUGUGGAUCAAAUUUUUGCGUACUUUAAGAUGACAGAAGAUGCGUUAGCUAUCAAAAGUUCUACUCGAAACAUAAAGAUUAUAUCAAAUUUGCUGGUUGGAAUCGCAAAGAAAAAUAUCAAUAACGAUUCCGCACAAAUGGUUGAGUUUCUGCGCAGCACCAAAAGAGAAACAGAAAUUCAACUUCGAAGGAAAAGGGAAGCAGAAGAGGCAGAAAAACUUAUUCAGCGAAAAGAUGAAGAAGAACGGAUUAAGCCGGAAGAAGAGGAACGUCUUAAGCGAGAAGAAAAACGUAAGCGGCAAGAAGAAGAAGCACGUAGGAAGAAGGAGGCAGAAGAGCAACGUCUUAGGCGAAUAGAAGAACUAGUACGAAUAGAAGAAGAAGCACAUGAAAUGAAAGCGGGCGAAGAAGAACGCAGAAGUCGAGAGCAAGAAGCAAACAAAAUGAAACAUGGCGAAGAAGAACAUCUUAGGCGAGAAGAAGAAAGUAGACGUCGACAACGAGAGCGUAAUGUGCGAGAGGCAGAAGAGGAACGUUUGAAGCUAGAGGAAGAGGUACGUCAUAAGCGAGAGGAAGUGGAGCGUUUUAAGCGAGAGGAAGAGGAGCGUCUUAAGCGAAAGGAAGAGGAGCGUCUUAAGCGAGAGGAAUUCGAGCGUCUAAAGCGAGAGGAAGAAGAGGAACGCCUUCAACGAGAAGAUGAACGUAAGCUUCAAGAUGAAAUACGUAAAAAGCGAGAGGAAGAAUAUCGUGUUAGACGAGAAGAAGAAGAACGGGAUGAGAGAUUCCGAUUACAGCAGCUACGCUUAGAGUUGGAGGAACAGAAAAAGCUAGAAGCUGGGCUACUUUUUGCACAGGAAACAGACGAAAAACUCCAACUUCAUCUACAAAAGAAAUCGAGUGUGGAUCAACCGAUUGACUUACAACAUAUCAAUGAAAAGCAAAAAAACGAUGUUGCUGAUCAUGCUGCAACGGGAAUUUUCGAAAAUAUUACUGCGAUGUGCAAUCCCGCAGAGCCACGGAAAAGUAGGAAUUCUCUAAUCACCGCAGCUGCAAAUAAAGUGAGACAAUUCACCGGUGCACUCAGAUCUGGCCGCAACAGCAACUCCAAUCCGAAUCCUAUUCAGACGGUGUUCGUCCUUCAUGAAAAUGUGUUUGUGGCGAAGAAGCAUUGUCGCUUCGCCGAAAAGAUCAUACCACUUGUGUUCUCGAAAAUUUCCAACGGCAAUUCGCAACUCGUCCAUUUGCUCACUGUUGAAACAGAUAAAACGCCGGCCGUACAAAUGCUUCAAUCAAUUUUGCAAACAUUGGAUGCAAACAAACCAAUUCGAAUUCUGGUCUUAACCGACAUGAACUCUCGAGAACAGCAUAAAUUUGAUAAUUUCGCUGAAACGCUAAUCAAAUUUUUAAACGGCUCAAAUUUCUCAUUUGAAUUACAAGUGCUAAGAAUCGCUUCGGAAUGCCAAGAGAAAUCGUUAAGAGCCAGCAAUGCAUUAAGGAAAUAUCAACUCAUAGAUAUCGAUUCGAAAAAAUCAAAUGUUUACAUUGCCGCACAAAUAGUUGAGCUGUUUCACUCUGAUAAUUUUCAAAAGUAUGAACAAGAACAGCUUCCGAUGAUUAAUAGAAACAGUGAAACGAAAACUCAGCCAACAGGUGUGGUGUCAUUGGAUGUUGACGGGAAGCAAUCAGAAAAUGUCCGCAAUUUGAACUGUGAGUCAUGCAGAACCAAUGCUCAAAAGCACCGGCGCAAUUACUGCAUAAUUUAUGUUGUAAUCUUCGCCAUUCCAAUUAUUUUGUUAUUAUUCGAUAUUUUCAUCUAUUUUUCGAAAAAGUAAGAAUUUGUCUCAUACUCUCGUAUCUUUCAACAAAUAAAAAAAGUUUUUC